GCCGAAUGAAACUAGAAAGAUAUCAAAAAACCGGAAGUAAGAAGGGCCAUUUUGGAAACGAGGAAUCAAAACAGAAACAAAAUGAGAACCAAGGGACAGUCUGGGAUCCCUGAUAUGUACAAAUGCUGCUUCUGUUGCCAUGUCAAGACGGGGACAUUAUUCUACGGAUUACUCCAACUGAUCUGUCACUUGUUCCUGAUAGGGGGGCUCAUAUUUGCCUCCAUCCACCCAGAAAUUCUGCAGGCGACUGCUAGCAAGUGCACAGACAUCCAAAUCGACACCACGCUCAAAAAUGAAGAAAUCGAGACACAGGAAGAAAUCAUCAUUACUCGCAAAAUGAAAAGAGAGGAUUUUGACCUGGCCUUCAUCAUCUGCAUCUGUAUGCUGAUCAUUGUACUCUUCCUGCUCUAUGGAGUCGUACGAAAUCGCCCUGGGUACAUUCUGCCCUUCUUCUGCCUGCAAGUGUUUGACUUCUCCCUCAGCUGCUUGAGCAUUGUCGGAUACCUCAGCUACUCCCCAAACAUCAAACUCUGGCUGCGUGCCCAGGGGCUGACAUGUGUACCUGGCCUGAAGCACCUGAUGGAAAUGGACUCUCAGUGGCUGAUGCUUCUCUGUCUGCUGGGCUUUGUCCUCUUCCUCUCCAUCAAGGCGUACCUGAUAGGGAUGGUGUGGAGCUGCUACAACUUCCUCAAAUCCAGCAACAUGAACUGCAACCAAAUCAGAGAGUACAAUGUGGAUCCCGACUCUCAGGUUCUUCUCCCCCCAAAGUAUGAGGAGGCCAUUCGUCAGGGAGAAGUGAACCCCCCGCCCUACAGCGCCUGAGAGCCGGAGCUAUUCUCAAUCAUAUCUCAGACCGAGUCUGUGUUAGUUUAAAUUUCUAAAUAAUUAUUGUAACACAGUGCUGUUUAUGUUAAUUUGCCGGGUCAUCGGUAAAAACUCUAAAUCCUUUGGUUAUAUAUAUAUGACUAAAUAUUCAAGUGGAAGAAACUUUCUCAAGAAAUUUUUUUAGAUUCAAUUAUGAUAGUAUGUGCAAUUAUCAAUGCUAUCCUUUUUACAGAUUUUGUUUAAAGGAAGAUGUAUUGUCAUCUAUUUGGAACUGGCCUACUUUAUUAAUGAUGUUGUAAAUUUAUUGUAAGGUUCAAGUGCUGUUUCACUGUAUCUAUCAUUAUAGACACAUCCUUGCUGUUACAGAAUAUGAGAUGAUAUGUUUCCUAGUGUAUAUAAUGCAUGUACUAAAAUCAUUGUCAAGUCUGAUGAUGCUCCACUUAGAUAGUUUUUUUUUGUCCAAAGUUAGGGCGAGGGUUAGAUUAACCCUCACCCUGUUUGUCACACAGGUCCUAGAAGGAUAUCAUCUCGUAUUCUUUUCGUCUAUCUAUUAUCAUAAGUAAGUGUACUAAUGCUUGUUUCGAUAUGAAAAUGUGCAGUCCCCCACUUACAGAGGUUUGACAGCUGUUAAUUACAUGUUUGACAGCUGCUGCAUAUAUAGUUAUUUUAUCAGAAGGGAAAAGUCAUUUUGGACAUACAGGACUUGGACAUACAGGACUUGAUGAUGUGAUCUUUAGUAGAAUUGUAGACUGUGGAAGGGAGGUUAAAGAUUUCGAUCGCCCUGCUCCAUGUAUAUGAACUAUAAAGAUGAGCUUUAUGUUUAUAUCAUUUUAUUGUUGAAAGCCAGAAGAAGGCAGAUUUGUAGCUGUGUUUCUAUUUAUGACAUGCCAUUUGAGAAUUUACGAUUUUAUAGAUACACUGUACAUGUAUUUGUCACAUAGAUGUCUCUAAGAGAAUUAGUUCUUUCCUUGUAAUUAUUACGUAUUCUAUCUACCUUGUUUUACUCUAGAUUGAAUUUGGUUUAACAUUUUAAGACCAUGUCAGUUAAUGAUAUGAAUGAAGAGAGAUAUUGACCAGUCUAAAGUACAGGUGCUAGAGGACAGGACUAACCCCCUCCCCCUUCCAUUUCCUACCCCCAAGUAUAGACCCGGGGUCUUCACUCUUUUUUCAUGAAAUUAUCCUCUUACGAUAAACCUAAAAGAAAUUACCUAAAAGAAACAUUUAAUGUAAAUCAUAUUGAUAGGCGUGUAUGAUUUAAUAUCAUAAAAUGAUUAAAAUUGUUUGUUUUAUGUAAUUUUUCAAAAACAAACGUUUUAUGAAAUCAAAGGGUAUGAUUCUCAUAAAAUGUUUGUUUUAGGUAAUUUUUCUGGAUAAUGAAAAAAAGGAGUGAAGACCCAGGGAUCUAUACUUGGGAGUGGGGGGUGGAGGGGAUGGGGUCAGUCCUGUCCUCAAGCACCUGCAGUCUUUACGCCAUCCGUCUGUGUGUGAAUGCAGUAUUGGCCUGUUUAGAUUGAUAUCUGUCAAUCCUGUCAAUUAUGACAGUAAAGAAAGAUCUACAGAGGUACAUGUAUAGUACCCUUUCCCUUUAUUUGGGAAUCCUGUAUCCCCACACACGGAUGGAAGUCAUUUUGUGAUGGAAAAAGGGUGCUUUGAAGAAAGAUUUUUGAGUUUCGUCUUGUAAAUAAAUGAGUGGGUUUUAUUCAACUAAAAUAAAAUUCAUUAAACUCGUA